CAACUAUUAAAAUUAAAGUUUUGCAAUCGAUGUGAAAUUGAGCAUUUUUGCAAUGGCUGAUUUACCUUACCAAGCAGAAUAUGCUAAAUCAGGCCGAGCUGCUUGUAAAAACUGUAAAGAGAAGAUCGAACAAGGAGCUCUACGCAUCGCCCGUAUGGUGCAGUCCGCAUUUCAUGAUGGGAAACAGCCAAAUUGGUACCAUGAAGAUUGUUUCUUUCAAAAACAGCGUCCGACAAGUCAUACUGACAUUGGAAAUUUCAACAAACUGAAAAUCAAUGAUCAGAAAAAUAUAAAAGCUAAAAUAGAGGAAGGUUCAGGAAUUGUAGUACCUGAAGCUAGUGGCAGCAAAGCUAAGAAAGUUAAAGGCAAAAAGAGAGCUGCGGAAACGGCCCCAGCUUCUGGAGCUUUGCGAGAUUUUGCUGUAGAAUAUUCAAAAAGUAGCAGGGCUACUUGCAGGCAUUGUGACAUUAAAAUUUGUAAGGGUGAGGUCCGCAUCUCUAAAACUGUUUAUGACACAGACAUUGGUGCUAAAUAUGGUGGACAACCACUUUGGCACCAUGUCAAAUGUUUUAAUGAGGCAAGAACAGAAUUGCUGUUCUUUGCUGGUGGAGAAAGCCUGCCUGGUAUUAAAACUUUGUCUGAAGAUGACCAGAAAAUGGUUAUCAAUGAAAUCAAAUCAUUUAAAACUGAUGAAAUACCAGUUAAGAAGUUGAAGGGAGAGCCAAAGGAUGCCGCUGAAUUAAAAGAAGAACAAAAAAAAGAAAAAACCAUGGAGAAGCAGAACAAGUUAUAUUUUAAAUACAGGAAUGCUUUAAGUGAUAUGAGCAAGAGUGACUUACAAGAGUUACUAGAAGAGAACUCCCAAGAAAUAUCUACUAGUCGAGAUGAGUGUUUGGAUCGUUUGGCUGACUGUAUGGCAUUUGGAGUGCUAGAACCCUGUCCAGAAUGCAAACAAGGCCAGCUCAUAUUGGAUACAUUUGGAUAUAAGUGCACAGGAAAUGUCACAGAAUGGACCAAGUGUUGCUUUGUUACACAAGAUCCAAAACGAAAGCCGAUAAGUGUGCCCAAUGCUUUUAAAAAGAGCUCUGUGUUCAAUAAGUUUAAGCCAAAAGUGGAUGUACGGCUUUUUCACUCACUGCCACCACCACCAGUCAUUGUAAAUCUCAAGCAAGAUCCAGAAAAACCUAUCAAGAAGGACAUCCCCAUUCCGCCUUUAAAGAAUUUACAGUUCUUUAUAUACGGGAAGUUAAAGUCGCCCAAGGAAGAUCUGAAGCACCGCAUCCUGAAGUUGGGCGGACUCGUGGUGUCUAAACUCACUGAUACGAUGGCCGCCGUCGUGUCCACCGCCCGCGAUGUGGAACGGAUGCCUGACAAGAUGCUAGAGAUACAGGAGAAAGAUAUCGAGGUGGUGGACGAAACUUUCAUUGACCUGAUAGAUCCACAGACAGGGACCGUUUCUAAUACACUGCAACUGAUCAAACAACACAACAUUGCUGGAUGGGGAUCAGACCCAAUGACGAGGAUACCUCAAGACGUACUUGAUGGAAAAUCCAUCCCGAAAUCAGGCAGCAUGUACGAGAAGUCUAAUAAAUCGUCUGUCAAAUUGAAGCUUAAAGGCGGCACGGCAGUAGAUCCGGAUUCUGGCUUGGAAGACAUAGCGCACGUUUACAGGGACGUAGAAGGCACCAAAUACACCGUAGUCCUCAGUAAGACUGAUGUCGUCGCGCAGAAGAACUCCUACUAUAAGCUACAAGUCUUGGAGCAUGAAAAUAAGAAAAAAUACUGGUUGUUCCGUUCGUGGGGUCGCAUUGGAACCACAAUUGGUGGGACCAAACUGGAAGACUGUAAGUCGUGCGAUGACGCCAUCGACAGAUUUACAUCGCUUUACGAAGAGAAGACUGAAAACCCGUGGGAGUUCCGCGACAAUUUCAUGAAGGUCCCUGACUGUUAUUACCCGAUCGACGUCGAUUACGGAGAAGAUGUGCACAAAAAAGUCAUCAGUGAAGAUAAGUCGUGCACACUUCCAAAACCAUUGCAAAACUUGAUUAGAAUGAUAUUCGAUGUGGAGAGUAUGAAAAAAGUACUACUCGAGUUUGAUCUUGACACUGAAAAAAUGCCCCUUGGAAAACUGUCUAAGAAACAAAUAAAGUCAGGAUACGAAGUGUUGUCGAAAUUAAUGAAGGAUCUACAAGACAAUAAAGCUACGCAAGGCAAAAUAGUUGACGCCACUAACAGGUUCUUUACAUUGAUUCCACACAACUUCGGGGUGAAUAAUCCGCCUCUUCUAAAUAUGGAUCUCAUUAAGUCUAAGUCUGAGAUGUUAGACAACUUACUUGAAAUAGAGAUCGCCUACAGUCUGUUAGAUUCAGAUGAUGGUUCUGAGAGUCCAGUGACGGCUCACUACAAGAAACUAAAGGCAGAAAUUGCUCCAUUAGAACGCAGCUCUUCAGAAUUUGAUAUCGUCGAGAAGUAUCUGCGUAAUACGCACGCUGCCACACAUUCCAACUAUGCGCUGGAAAUACAGGAGGCGUUCAAAGUGGUCCGCGAAGGCGAGGAUAAGAGAUACAAACCCUUCAAGAAACUUCACAACCGCCGCUUGCUGUGGCACGGAUCGCGUACCACCAACUUUGCAGGCAUCAUAUCGCAAGGUCUCCGCAUCGCGCCGCCCGAGGCCCCGGUGACCGGCUACAUGUUCGGCAAGGGCAUAUACUUCGCAGACAUGGUGUCCAAGUCGGCCAACUACUGCUGCACUAACGCCAAGAAUAAUGUGGGACUGCUGCUGCUAUGCGAGGUCGCAUUGGGAAAUAUGAAAGAGUGCAGUCGCGCUGAAUCUUUCUCCAAGCCCCCUAAAGGCAUGCACUCUGUAUGGGGCGUGGGCCGGACGCAGCCGGACCCCGCGCUCUCCCACACUCUGCCCGAUGGAACUAUCGUACCGUACGGAACCCCUGUGCAAACACCGAACAAUAACACCUCGCUGCUGUACAACGAAUACAUCGUUUACGACGUGGCACAGGUGAACGUUAAAUAUCUUCUUCAAACGAAGUUUAAUUUUAAGUAUUAAAAUGUGAUUUAAUGUACCAGUUUGCUCAGGGCCGGAUUUAGAGGAGUGGAAAUCUGGGCCGGAUCUCUUCCGAUUCCCCUGGGGGCUAAUUGCCUUUCAGUAUUGCUAUGGCUAUCGCUAUCGCU